GUUAAUUACAACAAGUGCGUGUUCUAAGUGUGAAGCAGAAUAAAGAUGAUAUUUUUACUUACAUUACUUCUCUUUUAUUCUCUGGCUAGUGGUCAGGUUAUACCAAAUAGACCUGUAACUCCAGCACCUGGAGUUGUUAAUGUCUCCCCAACAUCUGUGUACCCUGGAUUUAAUAGAAAUCCUUGGCAAAAUGGAUACAAUCCAUACUACAAUUCACAAGGAGUCGCAGUACCCAUCGUGUCUUACACUGAUAAUCGUGGCAUAGAUGGAAGUUACUCCUACAGCUACGCAUCAGCAGAUGGUAAAGAGGUCCAGGAAAGUGGUUUUGUAAAAGAUGCUCAUAUUGAUAACGCGGGAAAUCCACAGGGCACUCAGGUUAAAGAAGGUGGCUUUGCGUACACAUCGCCCGAAGGUGUACCAAUAAAAGUGAACUAUGUUGCCGAUGAGUACGGAUUCAGACCGGCAGGAAUUAAAUUUCCAGCCGAUGGAAGCGUAGUACCAUCUCUAAUUAACGGAACAAAGGAUGUAAAUCCGUUUUAUAACAACUACAGUCCCUUCAACUAUGGCAAUAGGUAUAACAAUAAUUAUGGACCUUAUAACAAUUAUAGACCUUACGAUCCCAGAUACCCAAACGCUCCUGGAAAUUAUCCCGUGUACAAUCCUUACCGGCAUAAAUAAUCUGUAUUGAAUGUUUUCCUUCACCAGGUGGCGUUGGCUGUUAUUAUGGUCGCUGUGUCCGCUGAUGUGGGCAUCAUCCAGCCUUUUCCUCCGCAGCCUGUGUAUCAACAACAACAACUUUACACAACAGAACCCAUCCCUAUAAUAAGACAAGAGCAUGUGCAGAAUCCUGAUGGAUCUUACAAAUGGAGCUACGAGACUGGGAAUGGGAUAUCAGCUGAGGAGCUUGGUUACAUCAAAAACCUGGGCGUGCCAGAACAGGAGGCGCAAACCGCACAGGGACAGUACCAGUACACUGCGCCCGAUGGACAGGUCAUACAACUCAAAUACGUAGCAGACGAAAAUGGCUUCCAACCCCAAGGAGCCCAUAUUCCCACUCCACCGCCGAUACCUCAAGAUAUCCAAAAGGCUCUUGACUAUCUCGCUACUUUACCCCCACAGAAUUCUGACACAAGAAACUUUGGACAUCAAUAAACUUAAUAUAUAAAAAAACAAACAUUGAGGCUUAAUUGUAAACUAUUAAUUAUAAGUUAAUUAUAUUCAUUAAUAACUUUUGUGAUAUUUAACACAAGAUUAAUGUGAAAUGAACAAAUAUGUUAUUUCUUAUUAUUUUAGUUGUAUCGCAAACGUGUGUAU